UUGGCUGGAUUUUGAAUGGUAACCGGACUAAUGUCUCGAUUCACCCAGUCCAGGUUAAUAGUAUUGCAACUCCUUUGGACCCGAUACUACGAUCAAUGUGGGAUCUGGAUACCCUCGGCAUCUGAGAGUCGGAGGAGAAGUCAUUGACCGUCUAUGAUGCACACCUGCUCGACGGCUUCCGUCAAUCUUUCCGGAUCAAGGGAAAAAAUGCAGAGGUCUGUCUGCCCUGGAAGUAGAACAUCCGCCUCACAGAUACAAACCGCACAACUGCUCUGUACCGUUUCGAGACCCUACGUCGCAGAUUCAGCAAAGAUAUAGAGUUCAGCAAUAUGUACACCCGCCACAUGCUCAACUACUUCUCCAACGGUUAUGUGGAACAGGUUGACGAACAAGCAACAUUACAACAGACCUACUACUUGCCACAUCACGCAGCAAUCCGAAGUAAACAACAUUUCCAAAUGGCAUAUCGUAUUUGAUGCUUCUUCUCAUGUGAAAGGACACCCUGCCCUCAAUGAUGCCUUGAAAGUGGGUCCCAACCUGAUGCCGAACAUCAUAGCGACACUACUUUGCUUUCAUCUUCACAAAAGGGCAUUAGUGAGAGACGGCAGUCAAGCCUUCCUCCAGCUAACCUUGCACCCCGACAACCGAGCUGUCACCCGCUUCUUCUGGUUUAAGGUGGUCACUGACGAAAAGAGGUAUCUACACACUACGAAGGAAUUGGCCGCCUACCGGUUCCAAUGCCUGCCUUUCGGACUAGCUUUCAGUCCAUUUCUCCUAUCAGCCGCACUCCGGGAACUUGCAGCCAGUUCCACAAUCAGCCACCCCUCAGCUGCCCACAUUCUGGACAAAGGUUUAUAUAUGGACAACUUUUCAGCAGGAGACGAUGAUGAUCCCGCUGUUAUACAAAUAUAUCGGGACAUUACAGAUAUGAUGGGUCAGAUCCAGCUUUCCAUGGCAAAAUGGGCUACCAAUUCGAAAUUGCUGAAGAAGCUAUGGGAAGACACAAAGAUAGCAUACGCCCAGAAAACACGAAUUCUCGGAGUAGACUGGGACACCACAAAGGACGAAUUCACCAUAGACUAUAAUGACGUCGUUUCGGAUGCAGUGGAACGCCCCGGUACAAAAUGCCUGCUACUUGCCGCAACAUCCCGUUUCUACGAUCCUCUCGAAUUAUUCGCACCCGUCUCCAUUACCAGGAAAAUCAUUUUCCAAGACACUUGGCUCCGCGGACUCCAAUGGGAUGAAGUUCUGCCAGCAGACAUCUCAACUCAUUGGAAUCACUGGGUAGAAGACCUACAGCAUUUGUCAUUUGUGUCCAUACCAAGAUGGAUCAAAACGACAAGAUUUAACCUACAUCUAGCAAAAAUCCACGUCUUCUGCGAUGCUAGUGAGCGCGCCUAUGGUGCUGUUAUUUACAUCCGUACCAAUCUUCCAUCGGGCAUUUCCAUGUGUCUUCUCUGUAGCAAAGCUCGUCUAGCCCCCAUCAAAAGGGUUACCUUACCUCGGCUAGAACUGCUUGCAGCCUUGGUGGGUUGUUGCCUGCUAAAAUACGUUACUACUGAAACCAACCUUCAAAGAGAGGACGCUGUCCUUUGGAGUGACGCCAAGGUGAUCUUAGGCUGGAUUCGUGGACACCCCAAUCGAUGGAAGACCUUUGUACAAAACCGAGUGAAGGAGAUUCAAAGCUUCACCAACCCAAAUCAAUGGCGCCAUUGUCCUGGCACAGACAAUCCAGCUGACCACCUAUCCCGAGGCCUAACGGCAGAAUACCUACGCAGUUACACUUUCUGGUGGCGCGGACCUCAGUGGUUAUCACAAACAAAAGAAUACUGGCCAACCAAUGACCAUCCGCCACCAUCAGAUUGCACCGCAGAGGAACGCAAACAUGUGGUCACCCUGCACACUGCAGCCCAUAUCGAGUUGUUAGAUACAUCUCGCUUCAGUAGCUACAUACGCCUCCUCCGAGUAACAGCCUGGAUCCUCCGCUUCAUUACACUUUGCAAAAUUCACCCCCCGGAAUAAUCACUCACAAGGAGAACUCUCAGCAGACGAAGUAAGCUCAGUGAGAGACCACUGGAUCAGAUCAGUACAGAAGACAUAUUUCGCUGAUGAGUUAAUAGCACUCAACUCCGGUACACUCAUUUCAGAAAAAUCACCCAUUUAUCGCUUCCACCUAUUCCUGUCCAAUGGGAUCCUAAGAGUAGGGGGCCGAUUGCAAUUUGCAGAUGUCUGCGCUUCCACACAGCAUGCAAUUCUACUAGAUGGCCGACACACCUUCACCCGUCUCCUCAUCAUAAACUGCCACUUACGCCUGGGGCAUCUGGGCACUCGUGUGGUUCUUGCCAACCUGAGAGAAGAUUUCUGGAUCCUGCGAGCUCACAAAGUCAUUAAGACCAUGCUGCAUAGAU